UUUUCAGACCUGAUAGAUAAAGGAGAUACAUUAUAUAUUUUAACAUCAGUUCAUCAAGAGUUAUGUGCCCCUGCCCAGGAGCGAGUAAAUUUCUUGCCUCAUUAUGAUACAAUUGUCAAGGGAGGGAUGUAUGAAUAUUAUGCAUCUGAAGGACAGAAUCCAUUACCUUAUGCAUUUGCUGAGUUGAUAGAUAAUGCCCUGGCAGCUACAGCAAAUAAUAGUGGAGAAAGAAAUAUUCAAAUUAGAUUGCAUUUUGAUGAGAACACAAAUAAAAAUUCCAUUGUUUUUAUUGACAAUGGUAAGGGAAUGACACCAAGGCAACUGAAUAAUUGGGCUAUUUAUAGAUUAUCAAAAUUUAUACGAAGAGAUAAACAUGUUGAUCUGAGUUUAGACCAUGCACCACGUUAUAUGAACAGUGAUAUCUCCUAUUUUGGGGUUGGAGGAAAACAAGCUAUAUUUUUUAUUGGUAAUAACACAAGAAUGAUAACAAAGCCUUUAGAUUCUAAAGAUGUCCAUGAACUUAAUAUCAGUAAAGAAGAGUUUGAACAACGUGAAAAAAAUAAUGAAUCUAUUUAUAGUGGUUAUAUUUAUAACAGAAAGCCAGGUGAUACCACCCAUUUAACAUCAGAUGAUGAAAUUUUAACUAAUCUUAUUAAAGAAGAAAAAGAAAGUUCAAGUUUUACAGCUGUGGUUAUACAGGGUAUAAAUACAGCGCAUAUACCUUAUUUAAAACAUAAUAUGAUAGAUUGGUGUCGACAACUAACACAUAUUUAUCAUUUUUACCUCCAUGGACCUAAUGGAAAUGUUUUUGACAACGAAAGAGAAGAGAAAAAUAAGAUUUUGGCAGAUUAUUUCAAUAACAUUCAUAUUGAGGUUAGUUUAUAUAACAGAGAUAAGCCUCCCAAAACGAUAAAUUUACGUACAAUAGAAGAUGACAUGCAGACUCAAUACAUCCGUGCCGCAACCAGUACCUUUAUGUUUAAAGCCUGUGUUGAUGGCAGUAGUGUAGUGGAAGGUGAAAUACGAUAUCAUCCAUUUAUGUUUGAUAAAGAAACAUACCCGACUGACAACUAUAGAUUGGAUGCUGAACCAGAAGAUGACCAUGGUUAUGCUAUCAAUGACCGACCAGCUCGUGGUCGACGACCAAUGUUUGAAUGUUAUUGGAAUGGAAGGCUGAUUCCAUACACAUUAAUACAAGAUUUUGAAUGGUGCACAGAACCCAAGAAAAUAAGAAAUAUUCCUGUAGAAUGUUAUAAUAGAAUCUCUGGUGUUUUAUGGACUAGUGAUAGAUUUCAAGUCAGUACCAAUAAAUUAACAUUCUUAGAUCUUGAGAUGAAACUAAGAGAUAAAACUACAUCGUUCUUCAGAGUUGUUGAUGGUCAUGAAAGAAGAACAAAUAUUCAGAAAGAAUUUUCACAGUGGUUAAAAGAAUGCCAUGAAGAAUAUGAUAAACAAAUAUUAUUUACUGGUUUUAAAGGUCAUGUAACACGAGCAGACAUGCCUAAGCAGAAACAGUUUCCAUGGUCAGUCUUUGACCAAGUGGAAUGGGAUGGGAAAGUAUAUAAACAGGGACAGUUGGUGAGAAUAUUAAGGACGCUACCAACUCUAAUGGGAACAAUAAAAAGAUUUUUACUAUUUGGAGAUUAUGAUGGGGACGUGUAUUCUACUGGAGGAGAUAUAGAACUGUUUCAGGAACCUAGAUCUCUAUAUGAUGAAGUUAAAAUUGUACCAUUAUCUAAAUUAGAUAGAUCAGCAUCACAGACAGUACUGAAAAAAUAUACGGAUGAAGAGGAGGCCAAAUUACCAGAUCAUCUAGUUGUAUCCUGGCCAGAUGGUCAGCAAGUUAUCAACAAUGAGAAACGUUUUGCUGGUAGAACAAUCGGUGCUAUCAAAGUAGAAAUAGCCAAUAAGAAAGGAGAAUAUAUCAGUAAACUUCCAGGAACUUCAGUUGGUGCUAAAAAAUUAUUAAUAGAACUUAAAGUUAUCUGGCAUUCUUCUAAUGGAGAUGAAGUGAUAGUAUCUCAUAUAAGUCAGCAUGGUAAAAACUGGCCAUAUUGGUUCCGAAAAAUGGAAAAUAUCAAGAAUUUAGGAGCACAUACAUUGUUAAUACAGUCAGUUUUAAAUGAGAGUGGUGCUACUAAAUAUGCUGGUAGAGAGUUACCUUCUCAUAAAAUAAGAUUUAAUGUUAUUGAAGCAGAACCAGAGAAAUUUAGUGUAGGUGUAUUAGAUGGUCCAUUCCGUGUUGGUGUUCCAUUUCAGAUACCAUUAGAAAUGUUAGAUAAAUUUAAUCAUGUAACCAAACCUAAUGGUAAAUUAAAACCUUCUUUAGAGGCCAGUGGUUUAGAAAUAAAUUAUGGUGGAACAGUAGUUAAAGGAAAUGUCUUGAUAAUCAAAGAUGUAGUUGCCGUUGGUCCAGUGUCAAGUCAUACAGGCAAGAAUUAUAAUUUAUCAGUCAAGAUCCCAGAAUUAGAAGAAGAUACUCAAUCCAUCAAAAUACGGUUAUUACCAGGUCAGCCUCAGAUGUUGAUGGUCAAACCAGAAGAAGAACUAGAAAUAGAGAAUGGUCAAUCAGCUACAUUCUAUGUUGAGGUACAUGAUGCUGCUGGUAACGUGACUACAGAGGGAAAACAAAUAUUACUGGCACGAUUUUCUGGUGCUACAGGGAUGCCAUCUUAUAGUAUAGAUGUUAGUAAAAGCGGUAGUGGUAAUUUAACUGGUGAUGUUAUCAAUGUUAAAAAAAUAAAAGAUGUUCACUAUAUCACAGCUAAAAUUGAUAUUCAGGGUCAUAAAGAUGUAAAGACAGUAGAAAGAAAAGUUAAGGUGAUACCAAGUUCGAGAGUUGCUGAAAUCAAAGUUUAUCGUGAUGAUAAUGAUGAUAAAAAAACGAUUAAAUCCGGAGAUGUAAUAAUUGAUACUGUCGGACAUAGCAUUAAAAAUCUUACAUUCCAGUUAUUAGAUGAAGGUGGUAGAGAGAUCACUCUAACAGAUAAACUUCUUUCUAAAAUUAAGAUAAAUUGGUUAUCGAAAUGUAAUAAAGAGUUGCUAUCUCAGGGUAAACUACCAGAUAUUAAAAUACCACUACAUAUUGGUGAACCUAAAUACUGUCAAAUACAUGUUAUAGAUGGUGCUGGUGUAGAGUUUGAAUUUUCAGUUGGAGGAGAAUCAGAUGAAGAGUCUCAGUUAAAGGUAUGGUGUAAUGGUAAACCAAGUGUACAGCUAGGAGAGGUUUUAGAGGAUGAUAUAUUAGUUACUAUUAAAGAUAAACAUAAUAAUGAUAUAACUAAGUUAAUAAACUCAAAAACAUGUCCAGAUAUCAAAGUGACCAGUAAAAAUUUUAGUCCAGACUGUAAAAUACAAGUAGUUUGUGAAGAUAAGAAGUUUGUCAUCCGUGGAAUACAGUUUGAGAAUACAGCCAUGGGAAAUCAGGAGGUGGAAGUGACAUGGAAAGAUUUAACAGAACGUAUCAUGAUCAAUGUUACAGCUGGUCCACCUAAUAAUUUACAAGUGUUAGACAUGGAUAUACAACAGCCAAUAAUAGUUUAUACAGAUAGUACUUUACCAACAUUAAAAUUACAACUUAUUGAUGCUGGUGGUAACCCAUGUAAACUAUCUGGCAUUAGACUACAAUUAGCCAAAGAUACAAAAAUAAAGUUUAGUCCAGUACCACAGUCAGUUAAAACCAAUGCUUCAGGACAGGCUGAGUUUAGUGGUUUAGUAGUGACUGCUGCACCUGGUGUGUAUGAAAUUCAACCUAAAGCUUUUCUCCAGAAAGGAAUGUUAUCAGGUCCUAGAGUUAGAAUUAGUGUCCAGUCUGAUCCUACAAGGGCAUUUGAAUUGACCGUUGAUUAUAAUAAAUCUUCAGAAAUCACAGUGGGGCAAACAUUACCAGAUUUUUGUGUAAAAGUAUUAAAUGAAGAAGGAGGUAUGUUAUCAACAGCUUCAGCCAGUCAUCUGUCUAUGAAACAAUGGAGAUAUGAACAUGGGGCUAGUUCCAUGCCUUCUAAGUCAGUUUCUAUACCUCCAGAUUCAAACCGAUCUCAUGAUAAACUUGGAGUCUUUAACUUCAAAAAACGGAAAACCCCUGAGAAAAGUGGUAAAUAUAACAUAAUGUUUGUAUAUUUUGACUCCAAACAUGAAGUUUUUAGUCCAAUGAUUACUUUGGAUGUAUAUUCUGGUCCAGCUGUUGAGUUGAGUCCAGUUGAUUCACCUGGAAUACCAACAGUUUCAAAUACAUCAUCUACAUCAUCACGGUUACUCAUCAGAUCUCUUAAAUUAUUAAUAAAGGAUGCAUAUGGUAAUUUAAAACCAGAAUGUGAAGGGGAGGUAACAGUAUCUAUAACAGGUGGUGUCAGUGAAAUACCAGUAUUUGUAGGAAAUAGUGGUAGUACAGAGCUAAGUUUAAAACUAAUAUCAGGAGUUUGUACACUACAGAAUAUUUUACUACAAGAAAACUGCCCGGGUAAAGAUGGGUAUGAAUAUAAUUUAGAAUGCCGAGUAACAUCUCUCGAACCUGGCAGUCGUAAACAAAUACCACCAUAUAAUAUACCAUUCCUUUUCUAUAAUGAUGCUAAGAAACAAUCUCAAAUGGCAAUGUUAUCUAAACAAAGAGACAAUCUACAGAAUGAGAUACGCUUAUAUAAAUCAACAUUUAAUAUGCAACAACAACUAGUUGAUGAAAUGAGAGUAACUCUUCAAGAAGCAAGUAAAAAAGAACAGGAGGCUAGAAGUGAAUUGAAAAGACAAAACAUUGCAGAUAAACAUUUAACGGUAACAAACUCAUUAGAUAAGUUAAUAGCUAGUAGAUUACAAGAAAGAGACCAGUUAUUAUCAACACCACGUAGAAUGUGUGGAUUGGCUACUGGACCUACUGGACCAGAGGUUCUUGGCAAGAUAGGACACCUAGCUUUAGUUGAUAAUGAUGAUAUAGCUCGUGUUUUAUCCUGGCAUAUGUCAGCUGAUAUGGAUUGUAUUGUAACUCAUUCCUCUAAAAAGGCCAAGGAAAUUUAUCGUGAUACAAGUGGUCGUCAACAAGUUCUUCCAUUAGAUUCUAUUUAUAGACGUAGUUUACCUGAUUGGUCAAAACCUCUACCUCACUGUCGACAUCGGCCCAACUGGAAACCAGGCGGUAACCCACGUUAUGCUAGGGACAUGUUAAUAUUCCCAAAAGAUGAAGCCAGUUGUAAAAUAGUUUUUGGAAUGUUGCUUGGAGACACAUUAAUUCUGGACACAUUAGAUUAUGCCAACACUUACAGAACAGAGAUAGUACAGAAUUCCCACUGUCCAACUAUUUUAACAGUUGAUGGUGAUAGAAUCAGGAGUAAUGGUAAAUUUGGUGGAACUAUGAAUAAAGCAUUACCUAUCUCUAAAUUACGUGGUGCUGUAUUUGGUCAGUCUCUACCAAUGGCUUAUCAUGCACUAUGUACACAAAUAGAUGCUAUAAAUAACUACAAAGAUAGUUAUGAAUAUUAUCAGAAGUGUAAAAGAGAUCUGCAGGAACAACUAGAUGUACAGAAACUACCUGAAAUGACAGCUAAAUAUAAAGAAUGUGAGGCAGCAGAAGAAAAAUUAAAAUCUCUUGAACAGAAAUUAGGUAAAUAUCUGUGUUAUUUUUAG